AUGCGAACAUCCGACGAGAUCAAAGCUCACCUCCACCAUGGUGUUCAUGAGCUUCGUCAAGUCCAACAACUUUUAGCUACCGUUCCAGAUCGCAUUCAGACCGUUUUUGAUGCGAUCCAAGCAUGCAACGCUCGUGCUGACGAUAUUGACCCUACCAUCGAUACACUCAAUCACUGGAGUCACACACUGAUCGAAGAGAUGGGUACCCAAUACCGCUGUCGGUCUAUUGCUUGUCGAGCGUAA